AUGUGGCUGUCGACAAAGAGUCUCGUUGCGGUAGGCUUGCUCAGCGCCUUGGGCCUGAAGCAGCGGGCUACUGCAGUUGAGCUAUCGGGCUUCACAAAGGACUUGUUCACCGAGUCCAUGGACUUCUUAGAUAAGAUCUAUGACCCUGCAGCCGGCUAUCUUCAUUUCUUCUACUACCCACUUGCGGCAGGAAAGCACGAGACACGAUCCUCAGUCUGGUACGCAGCUGGUCUCCUGCAGCGUAACAUCGGCGACGAUGUGGCUCAUGCCACCAAGAUCAUCAAGAACGUAAUCCGAGAUCAGAAGAAAAUUCCCGAGGAACAAUGGUAUGGCGACUACACUGUUUAUCCAGAGGAGCCAACUGUUGGUACAGCGGCGUAUCCCAAGAGCAUUUACAAUACUUGGGACCCUAAUUGGCGAGGUUUCAUUGGCACAACUCUCAUCGUCAUUUAUGAAGAGUUUAGGCAUCUUCUUUCAAGCGACGUACAGGAUCUUAUUCUUGAGAGCAUGUACAACAACACCAUCGGAGACAGCUACCGUGUUGGUGGAGUUGAUGACGACAAUCUCUACCCUUCUUACAGCAACCCGGCCAUCAUGCGCGCCAUUGCUACCGGGUGGACAGGUCGUACACUCAACGACUCAAACAUGACAGCUGCCGGCGAAAUGUACGCCCAAGAGAUCUUAGACUUGUUUGACCGCAACGGCACACUCUCUGAAUUUAACAGCCCAACGUACGCAGGCGUCAGCAUCUAUUCGCUUACCCUAUGGGCCAAGUACAUGCCAUCAGACUCGUCACUGAUGGGCCAGCAUGGUGGUCGCAUGAUCAAAGUCAUUUGGGAAUCCAUUGCUGCCAUGUACAAUGCCAACCUCCGCAACGUCGCUGGACCAUGGGAUAGGACUUACGGUUUCGACAUGAACCAAUAUGUCGCCAUAAUCAACAUUUACAUCUGGUCUCUCGUCGGUAAAGACAGGGCCCCUGGCAUCUCACAGACCUGGAGCAUGGCGCAUGCAGACGACUUCGAAUACGCGCCGCUCAUCUCUGUCUUGGCACCUUUCCAUGAUGCUCUUGUACCAUCGGACGUUGUGGAGAAGCUUAGCGUUUUCCCUGGUGAGCACAUGUAUGAGACUGCCGCUUUCUCGCCCCCUCACGAUUCCGUUCCCCGAAAUAUCACGACCUGGCUGUCGGCCAACCUCACUAUUGGAGCCGAGUCUUAUGAUGAGGAUACACUCGGUGGUCCUCGCGAAGAUCCUUCUCAAUGGUCUACUGCGGUGGUGCAGUGGGCUAGGAACGACGGCAGCGUCGGCUAUGCCGUUCUCCAUGGCACUGAAGAGGCUUUGAAUGUGGAUGUGAGUCCUGGGCAUCUCAGCCUGUCAUACCCCCGCGGUAAUUCCACCAGUAUUUUUACAUUUCUUGUGAGCUCCAAUCCACUUGGUGGGAAGAGAGAUAUCUCCGGGUUAGACGAUCUUGAAGGUAUACAAGUUAGCGUCAGUGGUUCGGUGAAUCCACAGCCGGGAAUUGGAUUCUGUGGCCUUGUUGGCGGUACCUGUUCAAUUAUUCAUGGAUUUGAAUUCUGGAACAUUACGUUUGUUAUGCCUGGUGACUCGAGUGCAGUUCCAUCAAUCGAACUCGACAUUAAGAGUAUCAUUGGUUGA